AUAAUUAUAUCUUCAUUAAUUUAUCUACGGAACAGUCAAAACCGUCGGUAAUAUCAACGUUUUUCAAUUAUCCCCGGGACUCCUUUAGUGGUGACGAAAAUUUACUCACGGUUGUCGGUUUAAUAGUAUCUCGUCAGUGAAGAGGCCUUUAAACGUUCGCAGGACGCAUGAGUAUCGGUCCACAAUAGGAGAGUUUGGUGUUACACAGUAUAACACAGAGAGGCACUGUAAGAAGACACAGUUAUAGAGUUUAAUUAGAACACAUAAGUUUCUAAAUACGCUCACGAGAGCGUAAAAGAUUGUGACGUAGGAGAAGACAAUCACGCAUAAACAUGAACGCAAAUUCGACGUUUGGAAGCCACGGCUAUUUUCUAGGAAUAUCAGUAUCGAACGUGGAAAUUAGAAAAGAAAUAUUGUUUAUCUUAUCUAAAACACCAAAUGAAAGUGACAACAGCUCUUCGAACGAUAGUUCGGAAGAGUCAAGCAUGAGUAUCAGUACGGAACAUACUACUUCAAUUUCCUCUUCUAGUAGUGAUGAAAAUGUUGAUUUGCUAUAUUUUCCUUUAAUGGAACAUUUGACAAGUGGAAGUAAAAGGUAUCGGAUUAAUGAUUAUCUCGAAAGUGUCGAUUUGUGGACCGAACAAGAAUUUAAAGAGAAUUUACGGUUAUCAAGACGUUCAACAUUACAUUUAAUUAAUAAGAAAUAUGAAUUUGAACAGUCCGAACAUUUUCUAAAACAUGCUUUCGGAAUGAAGCCAAUUUCUGCAAAAAUUAGCUUACUUUUUUUUAUGGUUCAUGUCAAACUCAUAUCAAACACUGAGCCUCUGCGUACAAUGUCUGACACAUUCGAUGACCACAGGAAGAUUAUAUUACUGUAUGUGAACCUUUUCGAGCUAAAAGAGGUAUUAACAAUGUAAUUGGCAAUUGAUGGAACAGCGAUAAGAAUAGAAAAACCAUUUAUCAAUGAAAAUGAUUAUUUCAACAGAAAAAAAUAUUUCUCUAUUACUUUGCAAGGAGUUGUUGAUGCAAAAAUGAGGUUUACUAAUAUUUACUGUAGCGAACCUGGUUUUCUGCAUGAUGUCUGCAUCUUAAGAAGAUCGCCUUUAUAUCAAACAGCAGUGCAAAAUAAAGAAAUACUUUUUCCAGGAAAUACAUUUAUAAUUCAGCAUAUAGCUCAUUAUCGUGGCUAGUUUCCUCCGUUUCGAGAUAAUGGUCACCUAACACCACAGCAAAAUGAAUUUAACUUCUUGCUUUCUUCCACACGUAUGGUAGUCGAAUGUGCAUUUGGUUAUUUAAAAAGUUUCGCCGAAUAAAAUUUUUCAAUGAAUAUCGAGAA